AUGGAAAACUGGAAUGGCUCCGGAGCCGGCGAGGAAAAGAUCACCCGGCAAAAGCUCUCCGAUCAGGUUUUCGAACGGCUGCGUGAAAUGAUCGUGCGUGGAGAUCUUGCGCCCGGUGAUCCCAUGCCUUCGGAACGUGAGCUGAUGAAGCGGUUCGGCGUGGGGCGUCCCGCCGUGCGGGAAGCCAUGCAGAUCAUGCACACGCAGGGUCUCAUCACGAUCUCCCAGGGCGAGCGCUCAAAGGUGAGUGAGCUGUCCGCGGAUCUGGCGUUCCGGCAGAUGGACAUGGUUGCCAGGAUGCUGUUGUCCUCGUCUUCGGACAAUCUCGAACAUCUCAAGGAGGCGCGCCGGUUGUUCGAGGUCGGGAUGGUCAAGAUUGCCGCGCAGUCCGCAACGCCUGCGGAUGUUGCGGAUCUGAAACAACUGGUCGACGACCAGAAGAAGAUGCUUGGCAACCCCUCUGACUUCAUCCGUGUCGAUAUCGCCUUUCACAGCAAGAUUGCCUCCAUGUCGGGCAAUCCGAUCUUUGCGGCUGUUAGCGAUGCGAUGCUCUCGUGGCUUUUCAACUACCACACCGACCUGCUGAUCUGGUCCGGAAGGGAAAACGUGACGCUUGAAGAACACACGGAAAUUGUCGCGUGCAUCGAAAGGGGCAGCGCAGCGGACGCGGAAAACGCGAUGCGCUCGCAUCUGGACAGGUCGCAGGACCUUUACCGGCACCAUGACUGA